CUGGGUUGGGCAGAAGGCAGAAAACCAGCAGAGUUGCAGAGGAGAUGGCCAGCUGCCAAAAAGCCAUCUUGUACCAGAGAUUCCAGAGAGUGGUCUUUGGAAUUUCCCAACUCCUUUGCUUCAGUGCCCUGAUCUCUGAACUAACAAACCAGAAAGAAGUGGCAGCAUGGACUUAUCAUUACAGCACGAAAGCAUACUCAUGGAAUAUUUCCCGUAAAUAUUGCCAGAAUCGCUACACAGACUUAGUGGCCAUCCAGAAUAAAAAUGAAAUUGAUUACCUCAAUAAGGUCCUACCCUACUACAGCUCCUACUACUGGAUUGGGAUCCGAAAGAACAAUAAGACAUGGACCUGGGUGGGAACCAAAAAGGCUCUCACUAAGGAGGCUGAGAACUGGGCUGAUAAUGAACCUAACAACAAAAGGAACAACGAGGACUGUGUGGAGAUCUACAUCAAGAGUCCGUCAGCCCCUGGCAAGUGGAAUGAUGAGCACUGCUUGAAGAAAAAGCAUGCAUUGUGUUACACAGCCUCAUGCCAGGACAUGUCCUGCAGCAAACAAGGAGAGUGCCUCGAGACCAUCGGGAACUAUACCUGCUCCUGUUACCCUGGAUUCUAUGGGCCAGAAUGUGAAUACGUGAGAGAGUGUGGAGAACUUGAGCUCCCUCAACACGUGCUCAUGAACUGCAGCCACCCUCUGGGGAACUUCUCUUUUAACUCGCAGUGCAGCUUCCACUGCACUGAUGGGUACCAAGUAAACGGGCCCAGCAAGCUGGAAUGCUUGGCUUCUGGAGUCUGGACAAAUAAGCCUCCACAGUGUUUAGCUGCCCAGUGCCCACCUCUGAAGAUUCCUGAACGAGGAAACAUGACCUGCCUUCAUUCUGCAAAAGCAUUCCAGCAUCAGUCUAGCUGCAGCUUCAGUUGUGAAGAGGGAUUUGCAUUAGUUGGACCAGAAGUGGUGCAAUGCACAGCCUCGGGGGUAUGGACAGCCACAGCCCCAGUGUGUAAAGCUGUGCAGUGUCAGCACCUGGAAGCCCCCAACGAAGGAACCAUGGACUGUGUUCAUCCACUCACUGCUUUUGCCUAUGGCUCCAGCUGUAAAUUUGAGUGCCAGCCCGGCUACAGAGUGAGGGGUUUGGACAUGCUCCGCUGCAUUGGCUCUGGACACUGGUCUGCACCCUUGCCAACCUGUGAGGCUAUUUCGUGUGAGCCGCUGGAGAGUCCUGUCCACGGAAGCAUGGAUUGCUCUCCAUCCAUGAGAGCGUUUCAGUAUGACACCAACUGUAGCUUCCACUGUGCUGAAGGUUUCAUGCUGAGAGGAGCUCAUAUAGUUCGCUGUGAUAACUUGGGACAGUGGACAGCGCCAGCCCCUGUCUGUCAAGCUUUGCAGUGCCAGGAUCUCCCAGUUCCAAAUGAGGCCCGGGUGAACUGCUCCCACCCCUUCGGUGUCUUUAGGUACCAGUCAGUCUGCAGCUUCACCUGCAAUGAAGGCUUGCUCCUGGUGGGAGCAAGUGUGCUACAGUGCUUGGCUACUGGAAACUGGAAUUCUGUUCCUCCAGAAUGCCAAGCCAUUCCCUGCACACCUUUGCUAAGCCCUCAGAAUGGAACAAUGACCUGUGUCCAACCUCUUGGAAGUUCCAGUUAUAAAUCCACCUGUCAAUUCAUCUGUGAUGAGGGAUUUUCUUUGUCUGGACCAGAAAGAUUGGAUUGUACUCGAUUGGGACGCUGGACAGACUCCCCACCAACAUGUGAAGCCAUCAAGUGCCCAGAACUCUUUGCCCCAGAGCAGGGCAGCCUGGAUUGUUCUGACACUCGUGGAGAAUUCAAUGUUGGCUCCACCUGCCAUUUUUCUUGUAACAAGGGUUUUAAGCUGGAGGGGCCCAAUAAUGUGGAAUGCACAACUUCUGGAAGAUGGUCAGCUACUCCACCAACCUGCAAAGGCAUAGCAUCACUUCCUAGUCCAGGGGUGCAAUGCCCAGCCCUCACCACUCCUGGGCAGGGAACCAUGUAUUGUAGGCAUCAUCCGGGAACCUUUGGUUUUAAUACCACUUGUUAUUUUGGCUGCAACGCUGGAUUCACACUCACAGGAGACAGCACUCUCAGCUGCAGACCUUCAGGACAAUGGACAGCAGUAACUCCAGCAUGCAGAGCUGUGAAAUGCUCAGAACUACAUGUUAAUAAGCCAAUAGUGAUGAACUGCUCUAACCUCUGGGGAAACUUCAGUUAUGGAUCAAUCUGCUCUUUCCAUUGUCUAGAGGGCCAGUUACUUAAUGGUUCUGAACAAACAGCAUGCCAGGAGAAUGGCCACUGGUCAACUACCAUGCCAACCUGCCAAGCAGGACCACUGACUGUCCAGGAAGCCCUGACUUACUUUGGUGGAGCGGUGGCUUCUACGACAGGUCUGAUAAUGGGUGGGACGCUCCUGGCUUUGCUAAGAAAGCGUUUCAGACAAAAAGAUGAUGGGAAAUGCCCCUUGAAUCCUCACAGCCACCUAGGAACAUAUGGAGUUUUUACAAACGCUGCAUUUGACCCGAGUCCUUAAGUUUUCCAUAAACACCUGUGAAUCAAAGACAUGGAAUUACCUUAGAUUAGCUCUGGACCAGUCUGUUGGACCAGCUCUGGACCAAUCCUGUUUCCUGAGUUUGGGAUUGUGGUACAAUCUCAAAUUCUCAACCUACCACCCCUUCCUGUCCCACCUCUUCUCUUCCUGUAACAUAAGCCACAGAAGCCAGGAGCAAAUGUUUCUGCAGUAGUCUCUGUGCUUUGACUCAUCUGUUACUUGAAAUACCAGUGAACCAAAGAGACUGGAGCAUCUGACUCAUAAGAAGACCAGACUGUGGAGAAAUAAAAAUACCUGUUUAUUUUUUGAUUGAAGGAAGGCUUUCUCCACUUUGUUGGAAAGCAGGUGGCAUCUCUAAUUAGAAGAAAUUCCUGUAGCAUCUUCUGGAGUUUCCAGUGGUUGCUGUUGAUGAGGCCUCUUGGACCUCUGCUCUGAGGCUUCUAGGGAGUCCUCUGGAUGGCACCAGAGGCUACAGAAGGCCAAGAAUCAAGCUAGAAGGCCACAUGUCACCGUGGACUUCCCUGCCACCAGUCACUGUCCCUCAAAUGACCCAAAGACCAAUAUUCAAAUGUAUAAUUAAAAGAAUUUUCCCCAAA